UAUUUGAGAACAAUUGUAGUCUGAUCCCUUGAAGCUUCCGGUUGAGGCUAGGAUGAGCCCGGGUCCGCAUUGUGGUGUACAUAAUGCAUUUUAUACUCAAGCGCUGAACUAGUAUCACCAGAAAGGACAAUUAUUUUACACCGGGAACAAUGGCCUGUGGGAUUUUCUUCACGAUAUGGUAUUGAAUGAGACAUAUCUCUCCCUGAGGUUACACAUAACCAAAAACUUCAAAGACGCACAUGAAUCCUAUUACAACCCAUUGGUAGUUUUAUAUGUAUGGUACGUGAAUUUUAAACUCUCAAAUAUGCAAAACUACAGUGAAACUGACCAAGUUUUCAACAUUUCUCUUGAAGAUGAAGAGCGGAUUAAUUUUCUUUCAAGAGGAAUACCAGUGGUCGUGUUUCUUGCGUUUCUUUGUUUCUUCGGCACGUUCGGGAACGCUUUGACAAUCCUUGUGUACGCAAUACGAUUUAAACCCAGUAUCCAUCGGACGUUCAUUCUGUGGCUGGGCAGUGUGGACCUUGUAGCGUGUUCUGUAAGCAUACCUUAUGUUAUAUACGACUCCAUUCAUCCGUAUACCUUCACGUCCGAGUGGCCUUGCAGGAUUUUUGUGUUUAUAAACUUCGUUUUCUCGAUGUAUUCUCCACUUCUCUUAGAUGUUAUCGCUAUCGAACGAUAUAGACGAAUUUGCAAAGCGACCGACCGGCAGCUCACAAGGUCAGAAGCCAGAAUCAUCAGUGGUUUAAUGGGUUUAGUGGUUGUUGCUGCAUGCAGUCCUAUUAUGGCAAUGUAUGGAAGCACGCAUGUCAUUACACCUAUUUACAUGCUGCACGGAUUUGAGUGCAAUGUUGUUGAGAAGUUCAGUGCGUCACUUUUCGAAUCAGUCUAUUUUGGUAUAUUAUUCGCGGCCUAUAUUAUUCUUUUUGUGCUGUGUAUUGUGUUUUAUUCACUAAUUGGACAGAAACUUAUGAAAAGUGAAAGAUUUAGAAGAGCUACAAAAGUGGCUAAACGCAUUCGACGCCAGAAGUCAAUGAAGCGACAAAUUGAACGAACGAAACAGAAAUCUGUCAAAUUCGCUGCAGUUGUAAACCUAGAACCUUCGCCGAAACAGGAGGACCCGCCCGCCGAGGAGAAUGAAGUCGAUAAUGAACCAACAAUGUCUGCCGAGAGUGAAGUCAGCAUCACAUCCGUGAGCGGUACAUGUGAACUGCAACCAAAUUGCUCAAGUGACAAUAUUCUUGAUAAAGAUAUUCCAAUUCGCAGUGACCAGCUUUGUCAACAAAAUACCGUCUUAAACGGAAAUGGACAGAUCGUUGAGACUGCUAGAUCCGCAGAUCCUGUGGUAACAACGUCACAUCCGGAAUCGCCUUCUGAACAAAACGACACGUUUAAGAAUGAAAACAAUAAUGAAGAUGAUUUGGAAUUAAAUGCAUGUAACGAAUCAGGCAAAGAAACAGACGCUGUUGUGAAAAAGAGUUCCAAAAAAGCGCAGAAAUCAGUGAAGCGUUUCGUGGAUCACAGAGUAUCAAAGAAAAAAGUCAGUCAGCUGAUCAGUAAGAGUAAAAGAGUGACGCUAAUGUUUCUUGUAGUUUCGGUUCUUUCCUUCGGUGGUUAUCUCCCUUACUUUGCGCACGUCAUUAUGAGGAAUGCUGAUGACGUCACGCGAAGGAAUGUUGCCAGCGCUUUUGGCUUCAUUGGGCCAAUAAUGAGAUAUUCAUUCUUCAUUAACAAUGCCGUGAACCCACUCGUGUAUGGUUUUAUGGAUCGACAUUUUAGAGACCAAUUCAAACGUCUGAUUAAAAAGUGUAGACGAAAUAGGAUAGAUUUCUCAUGACCCUGUAUACUAAAAUCUGUGUAGAGAUGAAGGUCGAGUGCUUUUCAAAUGGCAGUAAAGAAAUUACACGUGUACAUCACGUGUACAUCACACGACUAUCGUCUGACAGAAACACUUGCAACAUAACAAAAUCAUGUUAUAUAAUUGUUUCAUGUCCAUAGUAUCAAUCACGCUGUUAUGAUUUUGACGUGACGUUGAUAUUAAACGGAAAACAGUAAAUGUCAUUAAUAUAUAAGGUCUAUUCAUUUGUGAAAUUUAUACCUGUGAUAUUAAGCGGAAACUCAUUAAAUUCCAUCGAUUCAA